AGUCGAUAAAAACUGUAAUACAUCACCAAGCUGAUCAUCAACACAGUUAAGCUUUAAAGAUAACGCAAGCAUUCACGCGACAGUACAUAGAAAUUUUCUGAAUUUCAUUUAACGAGUCUUUUAGUCCUCAUCAGUCUUCUAACGAGUGCAGUCGUCGGUAAAAGCCUUAAGAAUGUAUCAAAAUUUAUACAGUCCGAUCCAUUAUCGGAAUUUAGUCACCGCUCAACAUAUUUUCUUUAAAACACUCGGAUUAUCACCCUGGUCGCUUAGUUUUCCAGAAAAGCUCCCCAAAAACCAUAAUGGAAAAAUAAAAUUCUGCAAAUUUUCGUACCUUGGAUCAUUUUACAACAUAUUAUUGAUAACACUUGCAAUUUCAUUCGCCGUGUUUACUUUUUAUCAGCGUUACACCGCGGUACCACUAGCCGAUUCUUUAAUCACGCAUUCAAGGAUGAUAACCUUUCAAUUGUUAUCCUUGCUGGUGAUGAGCCUCAUUUUCAUAAUUUACACUAUGCGACAGAAGCGAAUGAUCAACGCCUUGAACAAAAUCUACAAUGUGGACCUUAUAUUACAAAAAUACACCUUUAUAAAAGAUUACAAUUCAUCGAAAAGCGACAGCGUUAUUAUCAACUUAAUUUUUAUCCUGCACUUGAUAAUUAGCGUUUACUUCCUGUCAGUGGGAUUCUACUCGCCGUCAUAUUUCGAAACCCUGCUGCGAGUAGCUCCCUGGAUUCUCUUCUGCUGGGUCAUAGAGCAGUAUACGAUUUUACUGGAUAUGGUCAGCAAAAGAUUAAAGUUCAUCAACUCACAUAUCAUGAAACUGGGGCCAACAGAAGUGGAUCUAGAAAAAUCACGGCCGUUGUUUAUUGUUAAACCAUCAAUUUUGUAUGAACGGGUCCUUCAUGAAGUUAUGAACAUCAAGCACGCUUACAAAGAACUGUGUGAAAUUUGUGAAGACAUUGCUUGUUUUUACGGAGAGUCAGUUCUGGUUGUCAUCAUGUUCAACGGAGGGGGUGUUAUUAUUCUUUCAUACUUCGUAAUAUUGUCUUUUUUCGAACAAAUUGAGUUACUUCCGAUCAUGUGUCUCAAUGAUAUCGUGUUUAUACUGUGGGUAGCGCUUCAACUUAUUGUUCUCACUACUUAUGUUUCAUUGACAUUAGAAGAGAGUAAAAGAACGCCAAUUAUUAUCAAUUCAUUGAUGAAUAAAAGCGUGGUUCAUGAAAAAGUCGAAAAAGAACUGCUUAAUUUUCUACGCGAGCUCACAUUUCGAAAAGUAAAAUUCACAGCUUGUGAAAUAAUUUCAAUAGAUCGUUCAUUUUUAGCAACUGCUGCUGGUACAGUUGCAACUUAUCUAAUUAUUCUUAUCCAAUUCCACAUGAGCACGCCUUCAGAAUAACUCACCACUUA